UAAUAAACUCUUUCAGUGUCUAGUCCGUAUCAGUCCUACACAGUUCUUAAUUCUGUUUGUUGAAAAUAAUAAUAUUCGGAAAAAAUGGUCAAAGCUUGGUUUAUGGAUAAUGAAACUACCGAUCAACGUUUGGAACAUCAUCGCAAUCCGCCCGAAUUUAUUGAAAUUGAUGAACUCUUUAAGAAGACCGGUGUGGAGUAUUUUCUGAUUGAUGCUGAUAACUAUCAAAACGAUAAAGUGCUUGUGGAUCUACGCCAGAAACGCAAUUAUACUUACGAAGAUGAGAUUACAUGUUCGGAAAAAUGUUUGCCCGAUUAUGCCAAUAAAUUGAAGUCGUUCUUUACUGAACAUUUGCACACAGAUGAGGAAAUUCGUUUGGUGUUGGACGGCUCUGGAUACUUCGAUGUUCGAGAUGACAAAGAAAAUUGGAUUCGCAUUGCAGUUAGCAAAGGUGACCUAAUAAUAAUUCCUGCUGGAAUUUAUCAUCGUUUUACUUUGGAUGCUAACAAUUAUGUAAAAGCUAAGCGUUACUUUGUUGGUGAGCCCGUUUGGUUGCCUUACAACCGUCCAGCCGAUGAUAUGGAUUGUCGCAAAGAAUAUUUAAAACACCAGUCGGAAGCAUUUGCACAUUUAAACAAAGUUUAAAUCAAAUUUUAAAAUUUAUGUUUAUUACAUAAUGUUGUUAAUAAAAAUAUCUUGUAAACAAUA